GCAAAAAUGAAGAUAUUACUCAAUUUCCUUAUCUUAGCAGGAUAGUUAGAGCCAACGGUCAAGAUGGGUCUCGGAGCGGGGAACUUCUCUAUCUUGCUGAGAAAGUAACGUACGGAUCGCGAUAACCGGAGACUAACGCUGACUUCUCCGCAACACAGAAUCUCCUCCGAAAUACCACUCAGUAAAAAAGAUGGCUAGCCAAGAGACUGUCCAGAAAGUCCUCGAUGAUAUUCCUCUCCGGUACCGUGGGCCAGGUGGUGCUAUCGCCAUCAUCAAGGAUGGAGAGCUUAUUGGACAGCGUGUCUGGGGAUACGCCGAUGUUGAUCAACGUGUCCACCUUACUCCUGAAAUGCAGAUGCCCAUCUGCUCAAUUACAAAGCAGUUUGUCUGCGCGCUGUUGCUUGACCUGAAGCGCAACCCGACUCCCAAAAUGGCUGCCAAGGGAGACAUCGAUGCCCAGUUUGAGGAGAAGUUUCGGGAACUGCUUCGUCCCGAGUUGACCAACGAUAGCGGGUUGACUAUUGAUCACCUGUGCGAUAUGCAGUCUGGUCUCCGUGAUUACUGGGCCAUGACGGCACUCUGGGGCACCAAGCCAGAAGAUGAGUUCCUCGUUGAACGAGACUGUCCGCCGAUGUUGGAACGCACAAAGUCAUUCCAUUUCAAGCCGGGCACGGAGUUCUCUUACUGCAACGUCAAUUUCCAUAUCCUUGCCCGCCUCAUUGAGCGUGUCACUGGGGAGUCACUUGGAAAGCUGCUGGCCGAACGCAUCCUCAGGCCGGCUGGCAUGGAGACUGCAUUCCUCUGCCCAGACAACGCCAAACUCCCGCCACCAUGUCUCGGCUACGAGGGGACAGAACAGACGGGCUAUUUCCCCGCUGUGAAUCGAAUGGAAUGGUCGGGCGAUGCUGGAUUGGCUGCGUCCCUUACCGACAUGAUUGCUUGGGAGAAGCAUCUGCACAGCCUAUAUGCUGAUCCACAAAGUUGGUACCACCAGGUCUGUCAGCCCAUCACUUAUGCCGACGGCACGCAUGCCCCUUAUCGCUAUGGUCUAAGUCAUAUCUACCUCAAUGGUGUGGAUACGCUAGGUCAUGCCGGUGCGCUCCGUGGCUACCGGUCUCAUCGGCGCCAUGCUUUGCAAGAUGGCCUAUCUGUUGUGAUUUUGUUCAAUCACGAACCAGAUGUCAUGUCUGCCACUGAAGAUGUCAUGCGGACUCUUUUGCAUAAGCCUAAGCUGGAAUAUCUCCCUGUGGAGCCAAGUUCCGCUUGGGUUGGUAGUUUCCUUGACCAGGAAACACAGCUGUCCAUUACAGUCAGCAAAGGACCUGCAAAAGGAGAGCUUGUCAUUGCCUAUGCUGGUGGCCCUGAAACCAUCAAGCUCACUGACCCCAGCCAUGGUGAUGCUCCAGGCAUGUCCGCAAGCGUUGAUGGAGAUGUACUGCACAUACAUCGCAUUCGGGACAACAGAAAGCUUGAGGCUCGACGCCUUGUUCCACGCGAUUCCAGCUUCAAGGAUAACUCGCUCCAGGGUGACUACAAAUGUACCGAGAUCGAGUCAGUUUUUCACUGCUGGGGCGAUGCAGGAAUGUUGUAUGGAGAAUUUGAUGGAUAUCUUGGUCAAGGAACAGCAACUAGCAUGAAGUAUCUUGGUGAUGAUGUUUGGAUCUUGACCUGCCCCCGAGGACUUGAUGCUCCGGCACCAGGAGACUGGACUGUGGUCUUCCACCGCGAUGAAAGCGACUGUAUCAUCGGGUUUAAGAUUGGAUGCUGGCUAGCAAGAGGACUUGACUUUGUCAAGUUUAGCACGAAGAUCUGAUCCCAUUGUUUUCUAUAAAAUCAAAAACAGGUCGAUGAAACAAUGUAUUCUUUGCUCGGGUCCUUCCACUAACUGUGACCUUAAAAUGUUUUAAUUCACCAAAACUUUAAUCGAUUGGAUAGAAAUACAUAAUAUAUUUAAUAAUAAAAGACCUAAGAUUUUCACAAUUAAGUAUAAAUUCAUAAUUUGUU